AUGGACGCCAAGCUCCGCUCGUUGAUAUCGAAAGUCAAGAAGGAGCAUGAUGACGACUCGGUGGAUCGAUGUAUUUAUGCCACAACUGUAUACAUUCUGGGAUUCUUUGCCGUCCUCAUAAUGGCCAGACAAUAUGUGGGAGAGCCCUUACAAUGUUGGGUUCCAGCUGAAUAUACGGUAAGAUAUGUAAUUUACAAGUAGUUGAAAUUGAAAUAUUAUUAACUGAUGAUGUUCAGGGAGCCUGGGAACAAUACAUAGAGAACUAUUGUUUUGUGGAGAACACUUAUUUUGUGAAUAGAACCAUCCCCGAUGACAAGUUGAGUCGGCGGAAAUUGGAACUCAAGUAUUACCAAUGGAUUCCGUAUCUUCUCAGCAUACAGGCCUUGAUCUGUUAUGCCCCAAAACUAAUUUUCAAAUUACUCUACUCCUUAAGCGGUAAGUACCAGUUCGUUAUUUGAUUAAAAUAUAACUUUAGACCUUCGAGUCACUGACCUUGUCCAAGUCGCUUACAAAGAAUGCAAAGAAGUUGUCCGGCCUGGGAUCGAGAAGAAGAUCGCCCUCCAGUUACUUGAAAAGAGCCAGAUUAAGGGUACUCUACAAUAUUACUCCCCCAUUCCGAGAUAUAAACUGUUUCGUAUUUUAGUACAGCUGCAUUUCAACUGGUAUCUGACGGCGAUUUACUUGCUGAUGAAGAUCCUUUCCAUCGUCGCUUUAUUGGGUCAGCUGUUGAUGAUGAAUUAUUUUGUAGCGGGCAAUAACUUCCUCUGGGGAUACGAUGUGCUGAGCGAACUCGUGCAAGGAGGGGAUUGGAGAACAACUGGGGCGUUCCCGAGGGUAAGGACGUGCUCUAGUAUACCUCCACUUUGCUUAGGUCACAUUUUGUGAUCUCCGAACUCGAGAUCUCGGUCAAUUCCGAGAGCAUACAGUCCAAUGUGUUUUGAUGAUCAACAUGUUUGCCGAGAAAAUCUACAUCUUCUUGUGGCUGUGGUCUCUCGCCCUUCUGGUUGUAGCGAUUUUGAAUCUCUUUGCUUGGCUUUACAGGACCUUGUCCAUGGGAUCUAAAGUUCGAAUGGUCAAAGAUGCCCUCAAAGUGCGAGUUCUCUUAAUUUUAAUUCUACUACCUUUCAGUUAAAUUAUGUAGUAUGUAUUUAUAUUAUCUUUUAGUUGCAUCACGAAAAACCUUCUACCGCUAAUGUGGAGAAGUUUAUUCAGCGAUUCCUGAAGACGGAUGGGAUGACUGUCCUCAGAUUAAUCGAUUCCAAUGCUGGCUAUGUAAACAUGGCCGACAUUCUGUGUGAAUUGUGGAUGAAUUACGGUAAAAAGAAUGACAGUUCUGCUCCCAGUAAGUCAUCAAAUUUUAAUCUUAAUUUUUUUUUAUUUUAGGCCCAAUUCCGACUAAAGUUGCCAUCUAA